AUGAAAGAGAACCUGAAGACCCUUGCGUUCUGCUGUUUGGGUACAGGGGGUGUUGGAUUCCCAGCUCGAAUCGCUGCCCGAGUUGCUCUUCAGGAAGUCCGCGAAUUCCUCGACGCCCAUCCGACGCACUUGUUCGAACGCAUCGUGUUCUGUGUUUACGCAGAGGAUGAUUCAGUAGCAUAUACUGACUUCUUAUCCGACUUCUUUCCUCCCACUCAGGAAGACGUGGACGCCGCUUCUUCAACCCCAGCUGGCAAAAAUGUUGCCAUGGUUCAAGAAGCCUAUACGCAAGUCGAUAAUGUGACUGAACAAGUCAAGGCUUUCAGCCUUGAAGCUACAAAUAUGCCGCAACGGGUUGCCCAAGAGCUGUCGAGCAUCGCGGUUCUUUUGUAUCACUUUAAAGAGAUGGUAUCGGAGAACGCACCCAAACAUUUAUUGUCACGCAUGAUGCGUUACAUGGAUCUGUUGUGCUCAGUCAUGCUUGCAAUAUGCGGCAAUAUGACCGAGAUGAUAGAGCUGGCCAGAGCAAAAGUGAAUCUGGGAAUGCCCAGCCACAGAGCCAUAUGGGACGAUUACAAUACCCAUAUGGCUGUGUAUCAAGGACUGACUAUAGUGGAACUGAUCGACAUUUCGCAGGAGUUCGCACGGCAUUUAAGCGACGUUUUGGAACGCGAUGUGCCCGUACCGCAUGAGAUGAAGACUAUCGGCAUUCGACUAGGCGCUUGGCUAACCAAACAGACUGGAGAAGGGCCACAAAGUGCCCGUGAUCACUUCGAAGAGGUCAUGUUGACGCGAGAGUAUCAACGAGAUGUUCCAGUUUCCAGGAGAACCGGCACUGUUAAAUUGUUCCAAGUUGAGACUCUUUCUCAGCUCUACGAGCAGGGUGUCUUGCAGCCAAAGAGUACGCAAGCAACUCCUUCCACACGCUCCAACCACAUAGUCUGCCUCGCAAACGAAGACAUCACGAGAUUGGAGGUCGAUAUUCUAGGCAACACCGAUGAAAAUUUCUCAGGCAUUGGUAGACUCGAUCGUACCGUAUUCCUAGGUGGCGGUCUCGAAUUGCAGAAAGAAUGUGCAAACCAUGCGCCUUGCAAAGAAGGGGAGGUUGUAUUGACCGGAGGCUACGCGCUGCCUGUUAAACACGUUCUGCAUGCGAUACCACCGGCGAUCUAUCGAACAGAUGCCCUGGACGUUUUACGCGAUAUGUAUAGGAAGAUUCUUCAUAUGGCAAGUUAUCUGCGGGCCACAUCGAUCGCGAUUCCUUCGCUUGGAACAGGCAUGCUCAACUACCCCAGAAGAGAUUCUGCAGCCAUUGCGAUAAGGGAAGUAAAGCGAUUCUUGGAAAAUAUGGACGAGAGUAAUCCGAUCGAGAAAGUUGUUCUUGUGGUUUACUCUUCCAACGAUGAGUUUGUCUACAAAUCUCUUCUACCAGCAUACUUCCCGCCACUUGGAAUGAGUGCCGAAUCAUCUGAGUACGCUCCUUCGUCGCCCACGCCGACACCAGGACGAUCUCGCACUUUGUUCGGAACCCUUGGAGAAGCGUUCCGCAAACUGACCCCUAGCAAGCAACCUACCUCCAAUACACGGUCACUGGAACCUAGUGAAGAGGACGUACUCAUUAUCUUCGAAACGCAUGCACAAGGAUGCCCAACUUGCAGUAAGAUCUCCGAGAUUUACUCACAGGGUAGGGACCUGUGUGAUGAUGGCUAUCGGUUCGCAGCACAGAUUCUACGGCAUCUCCACAUGAGGGCCGAUCAAUCUGUGUACCCGCUUCGAUCUGUAGAAAACUUCCCACUAGAAGUGGAGAUUCCAGAUGCGUUCCCACUGUCUCUGGAACUUCUUCAAACUGUCGAGAAGAGCUUCCGUGAUCCGGAGCGGGACAGGCCUUUUGUUAGCAAUCAGCCAUCGCUGGAACUUAGGAGGCGCAUUCCAGAGUAUACCGUGUAUAACAUCGAAAUCACCGUCUCUAGUCCGCCGCAUUUGAAUCAAACAUUUGAUCGCAUACAUAUCUGGUCGGAUCGAUCGAGUGGAUGGCAGAGCUUCGAAGCAUCCUUGCCAACGCUACACCUCACUCGCGCGGCACUUUUGAUACGUCAGGGAGGCUACGAGAACGUUUCAAAGCUACCAACGCGGUUGAGGCUAUCAAGUCGCUCCACAAUCAGUAUGCAUGCAGGCACGAAUAUUGUUGUUGAUGAUAAAAAUGUGGACCAAGAUUCUGCGGAGGAACUUGGUGGUCGCUUCAUCCUAGAAUUUCGAUCGCAAUCGGACUGCGAGAUGUUGUUGAGCGAACUGAAGCAUGCUGCUGAUAACAGCCCGACCUACAAAAGUCAGGAAGAACCGUCACCUGGAGAUACGACUCACGACGCUGAAGUCACCUUUACUCCUCGAGACCAGCCUAAGAAAGCAUUUGCGAGAGUGUCUCUAUGGGUGGAGGCGACAGAGAGCUGGGAACCCUUCGAUGCUGAGCAAUCGGAAGCGUCGCUCCACAUUAGGCCCGGUAGCCUCGAAAUUCUUCAACGUGCUUCAAAGUUCACCUGGCGGCUGAAGAUGACGUCGUACUCGAUUAUAAAGCAACACUCGGACGUGGAGAUCCUAAUCGACAGGAUCACCACUGCCGGAGACGAUGAUGCUGGGCUUGGGCAUUGGAAACGCAUUAUGCUAAAGUGUCGAUCGCAGACGGAAUACAAUGAUCUGCUAGCAAGUCUUCAACACGCUGUAGAUUCCUCAGGAAGACCCCCUACGCCUUCUAAACCCAGGUUAGGAACUAGGAGGACCUAG